GGGUUGGCCAUGGUGUGUUUGUUGAUGACAUUCGAACCCCAGUUGCUGUAUAUGGCAUUGAUGAUAAUGAUGAUGAUGUUGUUGUUGCUGGUGCUGUUGUUGUUGGAAUUAUUCAUGAUGGUGUUUCUGGAAUUGAGGGGAAUGUUGGUGGUGAUGAUAACAUUUGUUCUGGUGGUGGUGAUGUCAUUGUUGAUGGUAUUGGCAUUGGUGGUGGUGAUAUUAUUGUUGAUGUUAGUGAAGGGGAUGAUACGCUUCUUGUUGGUCUACGUCUGUAUGGGUUAUACCUGUUAAAAGAGGUGGUGGAGGUAGAUGAUGAUGAUGGUACAGCUCUAUGUAUUACUUCAACCAUUCCUAGUCCAAUAUUUGUCAUUGUUUGA